AACAGAAUGAGAACAUGGCCUUACUGUCAAUUCUAAGAUAAGACAUAAUGAUGGAAGCCUGGGGAAGAAACUUCACUAAUGACUGAGAUAAUUUGUUAUAUCAUUUGCAUAGCAUAGCUCAUGCGACAACGUGUUGCUAUAUAAGCCUAGCAUGGAAGCUCAGAACUUUACUUACAACAAUCCAACAUGUCUUCUCUGCGUCUGGUCCUGCUUUGCCUGGCUCUCUUUGUGGCGGUGUACGCCCAGCCCGCUCCAGGAGCUCCAGAAGAUCCCACUGAGACUACACCUGUCGUUGGGACUUUAGUGGGUUCCUUUACCGAUGGCGCACAGCCGCGAACUCUGGCCCUGCUGCUGCCUGUGCUGUUCCCCAGUCAGUUCUCUUUUGGAUAAAUAAAUGAUUUUGGAUGUAAUAAAGUUUAAUAAAUAUUCAAGCAAUCAAUCAAGCAGAAUAAACGUUUCUUGAAU